AUGUUCAUCAAUGUUUUUGUAUCUGUACGAGAACAGUCACUCCUAUGUGCUACAGUGUAUCUGUACGAGAACAGUCACUCCUGUGUGCUACAGUGUAUCUGUACGAGAACAGUCACUCCUGUGUGCUACAUUGGAUCUGUACGAGAACAGUCACUCCUAUGUGCUACAGUGUAUCUGUACGAGAACAGUCACUCCUAUGUGCUACAGUGUAUCUGUACGAGAACAGUCACUCCUAUGUGCUACAGUGUAUCUGUACGAGAACAGUCACUCCUAUGUGCUACAGUGUAUCUGUACGAGAACAGUCACUCCUAUGUGCUACAGUGUAUCUGUACGAGAACAGUCACUCCUAUAUGCUACAGUGUAUCUGUACGAGAACAGUCACUCCUAUAUGCUACAGUGUAUCUGUACGAGAACAGUCACUCCUAUGUGCUACAGUGUAUCUGUACGAGAACAGUCACUCCUAUGUGCUACAGUGUAUCUGUACGAGAACAGUCACUCCUGUGUGCUACAGUGUAUCUGUACGAGAACAGUCACUCCUGUGUGCUACAUUGGAUCUGUACGAGAACAGUCACUCCUAUGUGCUACAUUGGAUCUGUACGAGAACAGUCACUCCUAUGUGCUACAGUGUAUCUGUACGAGAACAGUCACUCCUAUGUGCUACAGUGUAUCUGUACGAGAACAGUCACUCCUAUGUGCUACAGUGUAUCUGUACGAGAACAGUCACUCCUGUGUGCUACAGUGUAUCUGUACGAGAACAGUCACUCCUGUGUGCUACAUUGGAUCUGUACGAGAACAGUCACUCCUAUGUGCUACAUUGGAUCUGUACGAGAACAGUCACUCCUAUGUGCUACAGUGUAUCUGUACGAGAACAGUCACUCCUAUGUGCUACAGUGUAUCUGUACGAGAACAGUCACUCCUAUGUGCUACAGUGUAUCUGUACGAGAACAGUCACUCCUGUGUGCUACAGUGUAUCUGUACGAGAACAGUCACUCCUGUGUGCUACAUUGGAUCUGUACGAGAACAGUCACUCCUGUGUACUACAGUGUAUCUGUACGAGAACAGUCACGCCUGUGUACUACAGUGUAUCUGUACGAGAACAGUCACUCCUGUGUGCUACAUUGGAUCUGUACGAGAACAGUCACUCCUGUGUGCUACAGUGUAUCUGUACGAGAACAGUCACUCCUAUGUGCUACAUUGGAUCUGUACGAGAACAGUCACUCCUAUGUGCUACAGUGUAUCUGUACGAGAACAGUCACUCCUAUGUGCUACAGUGUAUCUGUACGAGAACAGUCACUCCUGUGUGCUACAGUGUAUCUGUACGAGAACAGUCACUCCUGUGUGCUACAGUGUAUCUGUACGAGAACAGUCACUCCUAUGUGCUACAGUGUAUCUGUACGAGAACAGUCACUCCUGUGUGCUACAGUGUAUCUGUACGAGAACAGUCACUCCUGUGUGCUACAGUGUAUCUGUACGAGAACAGUCACUCCUAUGUGCUACAGUGUAUCUGUACGAGAACAGUCACUCCUAUGUGCUACAGUGUAUCUGUACGAGAACAGUCACUCCUGUGUACUACAUUGGAUCUGUACGAGAACAGUCACUCCUGUGUACUACAGUGUAUCUGUACGAUAA